AGGAGAUGGUCAGAGACUGCAGAUAUACUACAGGAGAUGGUCAGAGACUGCAGACAUACUGCAGGAGAUGGUCAGAGACUGCAAACAUACUACAGGAGAUGGUCAGAGACUGCAGACAUAUUAGAGGAGAUGGUCAGAGACUCUAGACAUACUACAGGAGAUGGUCAGAGACUGCAGACAUAUUAGAGGAGAUGGUCAGAGACUGCAGACAUGAUACAGGAGAUGGUCAGAGACUGCAGACAUACUACAGGAGAUGGUCAGAGACUGCAGACAUACUACAGGAGAUGGUCAGAGACUGCAGACAUACUACAGGAGAUGGUCAGAGAC